AGUACAUUUCGGAACGCAACCAGAAUGACGCUCGCGAGCGUUGCAAGCAUGUAACGGAAUGCGCCCCGAGUACAGGCCUGGAACCAUAGAGAGAGAGAGAGAGAGAGAGAGAGUGUAACUUCUCUAACCUCACUUGUCAUGUACGACAAGCUGUAAACGAUUAAUUUUAAAAACAAACAUGCCGCACAUUUCUCGAUUUCCUUUGCAUCCUUCAUCUGGUACGGGUAUCGCUGCGCGGUUUAAAACGUCGAUACGUUUUGUUCGUUAUGGCUGCGCUAAUAGACCGUUUUAUCACCUCAUCGUGAUGCAUUUAAAGGAACAUCAAAGGCGACCACCGAUAGAACAACUUGGCAGCUAUGACCCUAUUCCAAAUAAAUACAACGAGAAAUUGGUGUCGUUUAAUUUCGAAAGAAUACAGCAUUGGUUAGCCAAAGGAUCACAUGUAUCCACACCUGUUGCAGAAUUAUUAGGACUUGCUGGGUUUUUUCCUGUUCAUCCAAGAACAUACAUGACAGCAUGGAGAAAUCGCAAGGCUGCCAAAGAAAAUGCUACCCAAGAAAAUACAGUUGAUAAAACUGAAUCGUCUGCAAAUUAAGAUGUAUUCUAUAUAUUUCUUUAGUUAGACCUGAAUUUUACAUGUAUACUUUACUGUUUCUUAAUAAAAUCAUCAUUAGUAAUUUGGAAAA